GUUGCUGUAGGAACCAUGGCGGGAGGACGGGAGAAGGUGGCUCAUUUGCUGAAGCAACUGCAUCGGGCAUCAUGCAUGUGCCCUGCUCAUUCUCACACUUAUUCUCAAGGUAUUGAACAUGCUGCUUUGGGGGGAACAGACUAUGCCUUUGAGAUGGCUGUUUCCAGUAUCCGAUAUGGAGAGGGAGUUACUAAAGAAGUGGGCAUGGACCUGCAGAACUUAGGUGCUAGAAGAAUUUGUGUGAUGACAGAUAAGAACCUUUCUCGGCUCCCUCCGAUGAAAGCAGUAUUGGAUUCUCUGACAACAAAUGGUAUAAACUUCCAAAUAUAUGACAAUGUAAGAGUGGAGCCAACAGACAAGAGUUUCAUGGACGCCAUCGAAUUUGCUAAAAAAGGGGAGUUUGACUCCUACAUUGCCGUAGGCGGAGGUUCGGUCAUAGACACUUGUAAAGCUGCUGAUCUUUACGCAUCCAGUCCAGAGUCAGACUUCUUAGAUUAUGUCAAUGCUCCCAUUGGAAAAGGCAAGCCUGUAAGAGUCCCUCUGAAGCCACUGAUUGCAGUUCCUACAACUGCUGGAACUGGAAGUGAAACCACUGGGGUUGCUAUUUUUGAUUACAAAGAAUUGAAAGUAAAAACAGGCAUUGCUUCUAGAGCCAUUAAGCCCACUUUGGGCAUAAUUGACCCUUUACAUACCCUCCAUAUGCCUGAGUGGGUGACUGCUAAUAGUGGUUUUGAUGUGCUUUGCCAUGCACUCGAAUCCUAUACUGCUCUUCCCUACAAUCAGCGCAGCCCCUGCCCUCCAAAUCCAAUCAACAGGCCAGCUUAUCAGGGAAGCAACCCUGUCAGUGACAUCUGGGCCAUCCAUGCCUUACGGAUUGUUGCUAAAUAUCUAAAGAGAGCCAUCAAGAACCCAGAAGAUCAAAAAGCAAGGGCUAACAUGCACCUAGCAAGUGCUUUCGCUGGCAUUGGCUUUGGAAAUGCUGGCGUUCAUCUUUGCCAUGGCAUGUCUUAUCCUAUUUCUGGCUUGGUGAAGAAUUAUAAAGCAAAGGAUUAUCAUGUGGAUCAUUCUUUAGUGCCACAUGGUCUUUCUGUUGUCCUCACAUCCCCAGCGGUGUUUACUUUCACAGCACCAAUGUGCCCUGAGCGUCAUUUGGAGGCUGCCCAGAUAAUGGGAGCUAACAUUAGCACAGCGAAAAUCAAAGAUGCUGGGCUUAUUUUGGCAGACACUCUCCGGAAAUUCUUGUUUGAUCUGAAUGUUGAUGAUGGCUUAGCCGCUCUUGGUUAUUCUACAGAUGAUAUCCCUGCUUUAGUCAAAGGCACCCUGCCUCAGGAAAGAGUGACUAAGUUAUCUCCACGUCCCCAAACUGAAGAAGAGUUAUCUGCCCUGUUUGAAGCUUCCAUGAAACUGUAUUAGUUUUUUGGUUGUUGUUUUAGUCUAAUGCUUUCUUAAUAACAUCUAAACUUUAUUCAGUGGAGAUGAAGCAACUCAAAAUGUAAAAAUGACUCUUAUAUCAAGGAACGUUACUCCCUGUUCAGAGUUUUAGAAUUCACACUCAUUUCUACGUAUCAUUUUAAUCGGAAAUGGUCAUUUUUCUUUUAUUGUUGGUCACUAGAACUAAUCCAUGGUAGUUUUAUUUUCUGAGAACAGUACAGUAAUUAACUUUCUAGCUUGACAUUUCAUUAUCUCUGUAUCAAGUGGGUCAAACAUUAUGGAUGCAAGAAUAAAACUUUACAAGUUUGGAAA